UUUUCCUCUUUAAAUCAGGAAGCUGUGUUGUGGUGACAGCAGCGCGAUGAUUUCUCCUCCACAAAAACACCAGGAGGACGAAUUGCAACGUUAGAACAAACCAAAACCGCCUGGGAAGCUCGCACAAACCUCCCGGGUCGGAGAAGCACCGCAGGCGGCCAUGCUGUCGGACGCAGAUUACCCCGGGAAUCCCUCUGGAGCCCGGAGAGCCAAGAAGAGGAGCUCCGGGGAGUCACCGGGGGACGGACAGACCCUCCGCUCCUCUGGACGGCAGAUAAACGUCCGGGUGAAGCGCACCAACAACCCUCCACCUGGACAGAGCAAAAGAAAAGCCACAGACACCGAGGAGGAAGAUGACCAGUCGGAGAAGAAGUACAGAAAAUGUGAGAAGGCUGGAUGCUCGGCCAUGUACCCCGUUUGUUUUGCAAGUGCAUCUGAAAGGUGCGCUAAAAAUGGAUACACGUCGCGCUGGUAUCACCUGUCCUGUGGAGAGCAUUUCUGCAACGAGUGCUUCGAUCACUACUACAGAAGUCACAAAGAUGGCUACGAGACCUUUGCUUCCUGGAAGAAGGUUUGGACGAGUAACGGCAAGAGUGAGCCCAGCCUUAAAGCUUUCAUGGCAGAUCAGCAGCUUCCGUUCUGGGUUCAGUGCACCAAACCGGACUGCAGGAAGUGGCGUCAGCUGACCAAAGAGAUCCAGCUCACCGCUUCGCUCGCAGCUUCGUACCGCUGCGGGAUGAAGUUCAACAACAUCAAGAGCGAGGGACCUGACCAGUGCUCUCAGCCAGAGGACCUGAGAGUAGCCGAGGUCACCGACAGCUGGUGGCACUCGAUGCUGAUUUUACCGCCGCUGUUCAAAGAAAGCCCGGCCAGCCCUUUCCUCGCCGCCUACUACCCCGACUGUGUGGGGAUGAGUCCGUCUGGUUCCUCCAUGUCUCAGACCGAGCUGAGGGCGGAUCACUGCAGAACUGUCCAGCCGCAAAUUCCAGGCCUGUGUCCGUACUUCCAGCCCUUCUACCAGCCUAAUGAGUGCGGCAAGGCGCUGUGCGUGCGGCCAGAUAUGAUGGAGCUGGAUGAGCUUUACGAGUUUCCUGAGUUUUCUCGAGAUCCCACCAUGUAUCUGGCUCUGCGUAACCUUAUCCUGGCCUCCUGGCACAAAAACUGUAAGGAGGUGCUGACUGCCCAGAAAUGCGCUCUGCACAUCAUUGUUCGGGGGUUGGUUCGAGUUCGCUGCGUGCAGGAGAUGGACCGAGUGCUACACUUCAUGACCAGGAAGGGCCUCAUCAACACGGGCGUGCUGGCAGUGAAACGGCCUCUGCUGCCUGAACGGUAUCGCUCUAAGAACGUUAUCGUCAUCGGUGCCGGGGCGUCGGGACUCGCUGCAGCACGACAGCUGCAGAACUUUGGCACUCAGGUGGCGGUGCUUGAGGCGAGGGACAGGAUCGGCGGUCGGGUUUGGGAUGACACUUCUCUGGGCGUCACUGUGGGUCGGGGAGCUCAAAUCGUCAACGGCUGUGUGAAUAAUCCCAUCGCCCUGAUGUGUGAACAGGUAUCGGCGAGAUCCUGGGACCACAAUGAGUUUUUCGCCCAGUUCUCAGGAGACCACACUUUACUCAACAAGGGCUACUCUGUUUUACUCCACAAACUGGCUGAAGGCCUCGACGUCCGAACAAAGUGUCCGGUUCAGGCCAUUGACUACUCAGGUGACGUUGUCAAAGUUACUUCUUCUAACGGGUCCCAGUGGACGGCACAGAAGGUCCUCGUUACAGUCCCGCUGACUUUACUUCAGAAGAACUUGAUUCAGUUCAACCCUCCACUUCCAGAAAGGAAACUGAAAGCAAUCCACAGUCUGGGAGUCGGUAUCAUAGAAAAGAUCGCUCUUCAGUUCCCGUACAGAUUCUGGGACAACAAAAUCCAAGGAGCAGAUUACUUUGGUCACAUCCCACCAGGUCCUGAGAAGAGAGGCAUGUUCAGUGUCUUCUACGACCUCGAUCCACAGGGGAAGCAGGCUGUGCUGAUGUCCGUGAUCACCGGUGAUGCUGUUCCUGCCGUUAGAGACCUGGAGGACAAGGAGGUGGUGGACGAGUGCAUGAAGGUCCUGCGGGAGCUUUUCAAAGAGCAGGAGGUCCCAGAGCCGGUGCAGUUCUUUGUCACUCAUUGGAGCAAAGACAUGUGGUCCCAGAUGUCCUACAGCUUCGUGAAGACGGGGGGCAGCGGCGAGGCCUACGACAUCCUGGCUGAGGACGUGCAGGGAAAGGUGUUCUUCGCCGGAGAGGCGACCAACAGACACUUCCCUCAGACUGUGACAGGAGCCUACCUCAGCGGGGUCCGAGAGGCCAGUAAAAUGGCCGCUAUGUGACCUUUUACUCACCGUCAGAGCUUCUCAAACGCACCAGCACGGACUCACCCGUUCGCACCGAGCAACACGCCGUUCAUCCACUCAGACUGUGGCGACCCGAAGGCCGGAAAUGAUUUUCUUUUGCUUUACUGCGACGCGUCCGAUCAGCAGGACGCCGCUUUUCCAGAGCCGGGUUCUACGUCAUUUUAACGCACGAGGGGUUUAAGUACUUUUUAUUUAUAUCAAAAUCCGUCAGGUUGUUUGUUGGCGACGAGAUGCAAAAAUACUGAGAAGUGACCAUGUGACGCUCUGUGCUGGAAAACAGGAUGACGUUUUGAGUUUCAUGAUAUUUGUACUUCUGUGAUGACACUUCAUUUUUCAGUAAUUAGGCUGCAUGAAACAUUGGUGAGAUCUCCAUCUAAUCACAAAUUUAACUCCAAGAAUCACGAUUUGAGAUAUUAUUUGACGGUUAUAUUUAAAAUAUCUUCUUUGAGAGUUACCUACCAAUGUUUUAUACGACUGUUAUGGAUCUGAAUUGUCCUUUUUUGUGAUUAAUGUGUCGUUACAUGAAUGGAGGAACGGUUAGAUUCGUAGUACUUCUAGCACUUUUGAUUUAAAACAGUAAGAAAAAGAAAUGAAUAACGACGUGUAUGACAAGUUAAUUUGCAUGUAGGGCUGAGAUUGAUCAGAGAAACAGUUUGUCCCCUUAUUUUCUCAGGGAUGUGAUCAGGACAAAACCAACCAGCUGAUAAUAAUAAAAGAAAAUAAUGAAAAUGGACAAUUUCUGAAAAAAAAACCACAACCGACUGAAGGAGGAAAAAAAAAAUGUGUUUGUCUUGUGUUAAUUCCUGAACAGUUAAGCUCCUGAGGUUUGGGGUCGGGGAACAGCACAACAACGUCCUCACUUUGUUCGAUUAAUGUUGACUAAUGAUGCUUCAUGUGUAGAUUCAUAUCUGUGUCUGGAUCAGUACAUCCAUACGAUCAUGUCCUGUUUGUCUGACUUCACAGUGCUCAAUAUUUAUCUUGUAUGUGUGUAAUAAACUGAGCUACCAACUGCCGUAAUGAUCGGUUUCCCUCA